UUGAAACCAACCUAAAGCUCCUUUUUCUACUAUUUUAAAGGUAGAUCCGAUUAUUGCUGACUGAAGCAUCGGAGUGUCUACCCCGAGGACCCACCUCAUGGCUUUGCAGGUUCAUCUGAAGUGGAGACGUGGAUUGAACAGGGACUUCGAGUUUGGUGCAAUUACAUUGGGUCAAGCUCAAUACCCCAACAACCUCCUACCUCAGAUCCCAAAUCCAUUCCCUUCUAUUGAAUAUGCAGAAGGAAGAGAUGAAAAUCAACCUCACAACUUAGCUCACAAUUCAGCUCUCAUUCCUAACCAAGGAGAUCUCUUAGCUCGGAAUAAUCCUGGUGAUCCCCUCAUCAAUCUACUUAACCCUACUCAACAACCCCCUGUUCAGCAACAAGACCCUCAACCAGUUCAACAUGCUCUUGCUCUUACUGAGUCCCAGGUUGAGCAACGAGGUGCCUCACCUCCCCACCAUAACACUGAUUCCAUACCUCAUCCUCUGAAUACUAAUAUUACAUUGGAACCUUAUCCUACUGGUUUCAAAAUACCCCAGCUCAAGACAUAUGAUGGAACGAAGGAUCCAGAUGAUCACCUCUAUGCUUUUUAUUCCUAUAUGCAAGCUCAAAAUGCCCCUGAUGCGUUGAUGUGCAAGAUCUUCCCCUCUACUCUCUGUGGACUCGAUCCAGCUCUGUUGCAGAGGUACGACAGUCCCAUAUAUGGAUUCAAUGACCAACCUAUUUUGGUAGAAGGAGUCCUUACUCUCAAUGUUGCUUUUGGGAGCGACCGAACUUAUGUUACCCCCUCAGUUUGGUUUCUAGUUGUCAAAAUGGCUUCCGCCUUCAAUGCUGUUAUUGGACGACCUACAUUAACCGAGAUCCGAGCUGUGGUCACUCAAUCUCACUUCUGUAUAAAGUUCCCAACCCCUAUGAGGAUAGCAACACUACGAGGUAACCAGGAGGUGGCUAGACAUUGCUAUAUUACCUCGGUUACAAGGCCUCAAAAAGGCAAAGAUCAAACAUCAAAAAUCCUUCCACAACAACUUCAUGAUAAUCAGCAGGUGAUGAGGGUAGAGAUAAUAGACAACCGACCUGAAGAUGAAACUCGAGCUACCCCAAUCGAUAGGAAUUUGGAAGUUUAUGUCAAUGACAUUGUGGUGAAAAGCCUAAAAACAAAAGAUCAUCUAGCUGACCUCGAUGAAACAUUCAACAACCUAAAAAAGAACAGAAUGUGGUUAAACCCAGCAAAGUGCAUCUUCAGUGUGGAGUUUGGGAAAUUUUUAGGCUUCAUGGUUUCUGAGAGGGGGAUUGAGGUUAACCGAGAAAAGAUCAAAGCAAUAGUUGAGAUGGAAUCGCCGAAGUCGGUAAAAGAUAUACAAAGAUUAACUAGGAGGGUGGCAGCUCUUCGUAGAUUCAUAUCGAAGUCAGCAAAUAAGUGCAUGCCAUUCUUCAAGAUCAUGAGGUCGACAGCACAGAAGGAUGAAUUUGGUAAACAGAAGAAGUUUGAGUGGAACCCAGAAUGCCAAGCUGCAUUUGAUGAGCUAAAGUCUUAUCUCAGCUCACCCCCUUUGUUGACGAAAGCUACAGAUGGAGAAAUCCUUUAUUUAUACCUUAGUAUUUCUGAUGAAGCAAUCAGUUCUAUGCUGGUGAGAGAAGAACGCAAACAGCAAAAAUCAGUUUAUUAUAUCAGCAGCGUGUUACACGAAACAGAGCUGAGAUACCCAAUUGUUGAGAAAGCAGCGUUAGUAGUUGUUAUUUCGAGGUCUAUAAUCCGAGCUCAAGCAUUGAUAGAUUUUAUCGUGGAAUGCACCCCAUGUCACCCAAACUCUAACCCUAAGUUGAGCAACUGGAUCUUAUAUGUUGAUGGAGCAUCAAGUAGCAAGAGCUCAGGAGCUGGAGCUUUCCUAGUUGGCCCAGAUGGAUAUCGAAGUGAGCAUGCUUUGAAAUUUAACUUUGAUGCAACUAAUAACAUGGCUGAGUAUGAAGCUCUGCUACUUGGCUUGCAACUAGCAUUGGAGCUGAAAGUUACGGCCAUACAAGUAUAUAACGACUCACAACUUGUGGUUAAUCAAGUCAACUCAGUUUGUGAGGUAGUUGAUUCUGUCAUGAUGAAGCAGAUUCACUUUCUAAGUUUGCCUCUGAUAGCUCCUUAUGCUCUAGCUGACUACGCACUUAGGGAGGUACAUGAAGCCGUAUGUGGAAGCCACAUUGAUGCUAGAACUCUAGCUCAUAAAGUCCUCAGACAAGGAUAUUACUGGCCAAAUUUGUAUAAGGAUACUACUCACUUUGUACACAGAUGCCCAAAGUGCCAACUCUUCGCACAUUUAACUCACCAACCAGCAAAAGAGCUCACCAACUUGGUAGCACCGUGGCCAUUUGCUCAAUGGGGACUUGAUCUUUUAGGCCCAUUCAUGAAAGGAGUUGGAGGGGUAACACAUUUGAUCAUUGGUGUUAAUUAUUUUACGAAAUGGGUUGAAGCUCGGCCAUUAUCCAACCUUACCUCCAAAAGGGUCGAAGACUUUGUUUUCAGCUCAAUUAUCUGUUGGUAUGGGAUCCCAAAUCAGAUUGUGGCUGACAACGGCACUCAAUUUAACUGCUCUGCCUUCAGAGAUUUCUGUUCAAGUUACGGAAUCAAAGUACAAUUUACCUCGGUAUACCAUCCGGAGUCUAAUGGUAUGGUGGAAUAUGUCAAUAAAGCUAUCCUAGACGGAAUAAAGUUGAGGUUGGAGCAGCACAAGGCCAGGUGGGCAGAUGAGCUCAAUAAUGUUCUCUGGGCAUAUAGAACUACGAGUCGAACUACCACAGGUGAAACACUCUACCACCUGACCUUUGGUACCAAAGCAAGCAUUCCUAUUGAAAUAAGAGUCCUAAGCUUCAGGGUCACCCAUUUCGAUCAAGGACGAAAUGGACAACUGCUUCGAGAGAACCUUGAUCUGCUUGACGAAGUUAGAGAGGAAGCACGACUUCGAACUCUAGUAUACAAGCAGAAAUUAGCCAACUUCUACAACAAACGAGUUCACCCUCGAACAUUUAAAGUAGGAGACCUUGUUCUCAGAAAAGUUGGUCUAACGGGAUUUGAAACUCAUUUUGGUAAAUUAGCCCCGAACUUGGAAGGCCCUUACACAGUGGCCAAAGUGCCACAUCUUGGUGCCUCAUCUUGGUGCCUAUAUCCUCCAAGACAAUGAAGGAAAGAGAGUUCCUAGAGUCUGGAAUAUCAACAACUUGGAGAAGUUUUACCCUUGUCGUGUUGUAGGUGUCAUUGUUCUCUUUGGGGUUCUCAUCACGUCUAUUUCAUUUCCAGUAUUCGUAUUGUUUUUCUAAAAAUUUUAUUACACUUGAUGGCAUGCUUAAUUAUAAAUGAGGAUUAUUCAU